AUGGCCGGCGCAUAUGGUAUACACUUGGGCAACAGUUCUGCAUGUUUAGCGUCUUAUUCUAAUGGAGCGGCUUCUAUAAUUGCUAACGAUGCUGGAGACCGCGUUACACCAGCUAUUGUUGCGCUCAAUGGGACAGAAUGGGAGAUUGGUUUACCAGCAAAAUCAGGACAGCUUUCAUCUAAAUCAAUCAUAAGACACAAUAAGAGGCUUAUGAACAACGACUUUAAUCAGGAAGACUUAAGUUAUGUUGAGACAUCCGCAUCGUGUCGUAUCCAAAAUGACGAAAAGGUGGUUUACGAAUUUGAAACCAGUGAAACUACUCUUUAUUCCAAUCCAGACAACAUUGCUACUAAAAUCUAUGCAAAGUUAUUCACAAUUGCAAGCCAUGCGAUGAGUAAUGAAGGAGAUUUAAAGUUAGUACUUGCAGCUCCUUUACAUUGGUCAAACUUAAGUCGAGAAAGAUUAGUAAAGUGUGCUGAAUUAGCUGGCUUUGAUGUACUGCAAGUCAUCAGUGAACCUGCGGCUGCUCUUCUUGCAUAUAACAUUGAGGAAACUUCUGAAGAUGUUAAUGUAUUAGUGUACAGACUUGGUGGUUCUUCUUGUGAUGCUUCAGUAGUAAAAGUUUCAGGGGGCUUUAUGACAAUUGAGAAGAAUGUUUACCGAUCAGAUUUAGGUGGGCAGUGUCUCACAAAAGACUUGGCUGACUUUAUUGCUCAGGAGUUUAGACAAAAAUGGAAACUGGACCCACAGGAGAGUAGAAGAGCUAUGGCUAAAUUGCUUAUACAUGCUGAUAAUUGCAAACAUGUUCUAUCUACACUGAACUCUGCACAUGUAUUUAUUGAAUCACUCUUGGAUGGUGUUGAUUGGAGUCAGAAUGUAUCCCGAGCAAGAUUUGAGAAUGUCAUUUCAUCAAAAAUAUCAGCGUACUUAGAGCCUGCUCAGAAAGUUAUUGAAAGUUUUGGUGGACCCAUUCACAAAAUUGUUAUUUGUGGUGGAAGCAUGAAGAUACCAAAAUUACAAGCCGCCAUUUCAAACUUACUACCUGAAGCUGAAAUAUUAUCGGGUAUCAACCCAGAUGAAGUCAUUGCAGCGGGAUGUUCUAGAGAAGCAGGAUUGCUCUUAGACAUACCAGAAUUUUCUCUCAAAGACAUGAACACUGAGGUUGAAUUCCUAGGAAAAGAUAUUUAUUUAAAAUAUUUAGACCAGACUGUGCAGCUUUUCAAGGAAGGCACUGCACCCUAUUCACAGCAUGUACAAAGCAUUGACAUAGGGGAUAUGAAAAGCAUAAGUUUCACUUUGCAUGACAAUCCAGACAGUGAAGAGUUUGCAACAGAAACAUUUAAUGUAGAAAGCUUAACUUCACCAUUUACACUAAAAGCUACAUUACAAGAAUCAAAUAUUUUAUUACGAGUAGAAUAA